GGGACGAGUUACGCAGUUGCUGUUGUGCGGCCGGUUGCGUGGUGAUGGCGGCGGUGGUGGUAGUGAGGAGCGCUGUGGCACGAUGGCUGCUGCGCCUGGCGGUGAACACUCGAGCCCCCGUCUUGGCUGCUUACCACAAGAAGGUAGUGGACCACUAUGAGAAUCCCAGAAAUGUUGGCUCCUUGGAUAAGAAUUCAAAAAAUGUUGGGACUGGCCUGGUUGGUGCCCCAGCUUGUGGUGAUGUCAUGAAGCUACAGAUUGAAGUGGAUGAUGAUGGAAAAAUUAUUGAUGCAAGAUUUAAAACGUUUGGAUGUGGAUCAGCAAUUGCUUCCAGCUCACUGGCAACAGAAUGGGUGAAAGGAAAAACGGUAGAUGAAGCCUCAAAGAUCAAGAAUACAGAUAUUGCUAAGGAGCUCUGCCUUCCUCCAGUCAAACUGCAUUGCUCAAUGUUGGCAGAAGAUGCGAUUAAAGCUGCUCUGGCUGACUACAAAGUGAAACAACAAAAGUGAAAAGAUCACAACUCUAAACUAAAAAUCAAUAUGCUUUUCCAAAACUGUUAACAAAGAUGUAACCAAUGGAGCAGUGUAGUUCUGUAGUGGAAUUUCAAAGUAAGCAGAAAAAUUAUACUUAGUCUUUCACUGUAAGAAAGGAGACAGCAAGCCAUCAAUAUAUUAAAUUGACUCUAAUCUGUGAUAUUCUAUUUGUGCCUUAAUUUUAUGGAUUAUAGAAAGUAUUUUGGGUGGGUACUUGGCUUUUUGAACUAUAAAUAUGGGUAUAAGCAUCAAAUUAGUUGUAUAAUGGUCUUGUAUGAUAUCCAUAAAUGUACAAAUGCAGUUUUAUUGAUUCUAGGUUUUGUUUGGAUUUCAAUAAAAUUAAGUGUUAGCUGAUUCCUAAACUGGUUCAGAGCCCACAGCUGUCCAGCUCUUUUGGUUAAGUUUCUUCAAAGAUGAUCUGUGGAGUGAGAACAGAAACAAAUCAAGUCAAUAUAUAUCGCGCCCAGCUCCAUUUGCACCUUCUACAUUGACAUUAAUAGCAUCAGUUUUUAUUAUCCAACAUUCCCUUGAAGAUGAACAUUUUAUUUAAUUACUUAAAUCAAUUAACAAAAAAUAAUAUGCUGAUUUGAUUGACAUGUUAUGUGAUUUUGCUCACCUAUGGAAGUUUGGCUGAAAUGCUUAGUGACUAUUUGAGUAGCAGUACAUAAUGAAUGGUUGUUCAAAUAGAAACUAGACAACCAAGAAUCUUGUUUAAUCUAUGACAUUAAAAUUGCAAACAACUGGU